AGGCCGGCCUCUUACUCUGCAGGACUACUAGUGAUCAGCAGAGCGCUGAGCGGCAGCAGCGCCGAGCCGGAUACCCUGGACAGCUCUCAGUGUGCUUGUUGGCCGUACCGUGAGAUUCCCCCCUCUAUCUGCUGCAGGCAUGGAACACAUACAGAGGAUAGACCAAGAAGUAAAUGUAUUUGUGGAUUACUUGUUCGGGCCAAGAGAUCCUAGAGUUAAAGGAUGGCUUAUGCUGGACUCUUACCUACCAACAUUUUUCCUGACUGUGCUAUAUUUUGUUUUAAUAUGGUUGGGGACCCAAUAUAUGAAGAACAGGGCAGCAUUCUCACUCAGGGGUCACCUUAUUGUUUACAAUCUCGGUGUUACCUUGCUUUCCCUGUAUAUGUUAAUAGAGCUCAUUCUUUCAACAUGGGAAGGACGGUAUAACUUACAAUGUCAAAACCUGGACAGCGCAGGGGAAGCAGACAUCCGGGUGGCCAAGGUCCUAUGGUGGUACUAUUUUUCAAAAGCUAUUGAGUUCAUGGACACCUUUUUCUUUGUUCUUCGGAAAAAGAACAGCCAGAUCACAUUUCUCCAUGUUUAUCACCAUGCGACAAUGUUUAAUAUAUGGUGGUGUGUAAUGAACUGGAUCCCAUGUGGACAAAGUUUCUUUGGACCUACGCUGAAUAGCUUUAUACACGUCCUUAUGUACUCUUACUACGGCCUGUCUGUCAUUCCAUCCAUGCACAAGUAUCUGUGGUGGAAGAAGUAUCUCACUCAGGCACAACUGAUUCAAUUCCUGCUUACCAUCACACACACACUCAGUGCAGCGGUUAAACCAUGCGGGUUUCCAUUUGGUUGCCUGAUGUUCCAGUCCUCCUACAUGACUACACUGGUCAUCCUAUUUGUGAACUUCUAUUUCAAGACUUACAAGAAACGACCUUCAAAAAGCGACUCAACUGAAAAAGAAGCAAUCACAGAACUGAAGAAUGGAUAUCAUAAAGACUUGUCCUAUGCCAGCAAUGGGAUCGGGCACAAAAAGGAGAACUAGUUGAGGAGAAGCAAUUAACAGAAUAUUAAUGGGCAGCCCCCGUGGUUUAAAGAUGUUCAUCAUUAACUACUGACAACUCAUUUCAAGGCAAUAUAAACGCAAAAAUAAUCAUCACCGUCCAACUUCUAUUAAUCUGUUAACAUGUAGGGCUUGACAAAAUGCACCACAGGCUUUUUGUUGUCGAAUGUCACCAUAACUAUAACAGAACUGUAGUCCAGAAAAUGCCUUAUUGCCCUCCCUCCGAAAUCCUUUUACAUUUUUUUAAUAGUUUUAAAUAUGACCUAGGGCUUUUUAUGUACUAAAAUUAUUAAUUCUUCAAAAAGAGACUUGGUUUUAUGUUACUGUCCACCUGAUCACACAUUGGACAAGGAACGGUUCUUGAAUGUUGUGGAUUUGUAGAAUAACGGGCUCAAAUUAUAUUUAAAAUAUACUUUUAGUGGCUCUACAUAAUGGCA